AUGGCCAUUGAAACUGCACCCAUCACGUUCAAGUACCUUGCCUUGCCCAAUGGUUUGGGAGGGCGUGGUGGAGCUCAACGAUUCUUUCUGUUGGCCAACAACAUUCCCUUUCAAGAAGACUUGGUCGACCUGUCCGAGUGGGGUGCCACUGAAAAGGCUCGUGUUGUCUCUUCCAAUGAAAAUCCAUGUGGAACUCUGCCAAUCUUGUACACCCAUGACAACAACAAGGAUGACAAGAAUGUGCACUUGAUCCAGCACAUUGCGGCAUCUCGUUACUUGGCCCAUCUCCAUGGCAUUACCAAGGACAACACUGCCUAUGAAGAAUAUGUUCAAGAUUUGGUGGCAGAUGAGUACCAGGGAUUCCGCAAUGCAUGGGUCAACACGGCAUUUUCAGGUACGGAUGAAGAAAAAGCCAAGUACCAGAAGGACGAUGCCCCCAAGUUCUUGACCAUCUUUGAUGCCUUGUAUGCCAAGUACAAGACUCAUGAGACUUUUUUGAGUGUCAGCAAGUCGAACAACAACAAUACACCACUCUGGGCUGAUGCAGCUUUGUUUGGAUUGUUGCGUGACAAUAUCAUUACAGGAUUGAUUGCUGCUGAGGAUUUGGAAAAGUCCAACCCCAACUUGUGGGCAAUGUAUGUGGCAUUUGGAAAGAUCCCUGCUGUCAAGGCUUGGAUUGAUGGCAAGACAGCUUAG